GUUGAACUAUGAUCACCUCAAACGUGAGAUACUUCCUGAAGUUCUUUCGGGAAAAAAUUAUGAUGUGUGGAUCAUUUGCAUGAAAAACUAUUUAUUAGCACAAAAUCUCUGGGAUGUUAUUGAAUCUAGCCUUGUGCCACCUUCUAGCGAUGAAGAGGCUGUUGCUAAUUGGAGGAGAAAGAAUGCUGAAGCUCUACACGCCCUUCUAGUGUCAUGUGCUCCUAAAGGCUUUUGCUCGGAUAAGGAAAAAUCAGUCAAAGAUGCUUGGAAUACAUUGGCUAAACUAUAUAAAAGAAAGUGUCAAUUGUUAUGUUGCUGUUGCAAUUGAUUUUAUCUUUCCUACUGUGAAAUCCAUUGGGUGUAGUUAAGUGUUAUUUUUUAUAUCUUUUAUAUAUAUAUUCAUAUGGUUUAUUGCAACUAUUAAAUGUAUUUAUUUGCU